AUGAAAAUCGUCAUCAUCGGCGCGGGCAUCUCGGGAUGCACCGCCUACCUCUUGCUGAAAAAGCACCUGCCCAAGCCUCUGUCGGCCGAACCGCACUCCAUCACCAUCUAUGAAGCCCACGACACUGACAAGGAUACGACCUCGUCAGACCGUGGCCACGGAGCGACCCACUCGUCGACGCUCGUCGUGGGCGGCGGCCUCGGCGUUGGCGCCAAUGGCCUUCAUGUGCUGAAGCGUCUUGACGAGGAUAUCCUCCUCGAUGUCGUCCGAGGUGGAUAUGUCGUGCCCACCAUGAUGAUGAAGAGCAAAAAUGGCACCGUCCUGGCUCGCCUACAACCCACGGGCUCACCCUUGUCCGGCGACGGAAGCGCAGCCAACGACAUGUGCAUGGUCGCAACCAGCCGCCACUCGCUUUGGCGAUGCCUGCGCCUGCGAAUUCCCGAUAGUGCCAUUGUGACCAAGCGAGUCGCCAAGGUGACCGCGAACCCCGACGGCCGCAACCUGGUCAGCUUCGUUGACGGGAGUCCGCCCGUCGAGGCGGAUCUCGUGCUUGGCGCCGACGGCUUGAAGAGCCUCACCAAGCACGCCUUGUUUCCGGAGGCAGACCAAGACCCCUUCCCUGCGCGCUAUGAGGGCCUCGUAGGAGUGGGCGGGUUCAUUCCCUCCUCCGACGUCAAGGGCCAUGUGGAAAAGGGUUCGAUGAACUUUGUCUUUGGUGGCAAUGGUUUUUUCGGCUACUUCUUUGCUGAGAAGCCAGGCAAAAGUCUCGCCUGGUGGUCAACCUUCACUGCUAACGAGUGUCCGACCCCGGGCACGCUUGACGUGGAGGCCGUCACGCAUCAGCUACGAGAACGCCACCAGGACUGGAAGGACCCCGUCGUGCAGAAAGUUCUCCGGUCCCUUCGCGUGGACAAUAUGUACCCGACCUGGACUGUCCCGCCGCUGCCGACGUGGGAACGUGAAGGAGUCGUCCUCGUCGGUGAUGCAGCGCAUGCCCUACCCCCAACCUCGGGACAGGGGUCCUCGCAGGCCCUGGAGGACGUAGAGGCCUUUGCCCUCUUCCUCGGCCACUAUUUGCGCAAGGCGUACCAGGAGCACAAGAUUUAUGACGCCAACAGCCGGAAGCAGGUCAUCAAAGUGGCUGCGAAGCAAUACAUGGAACUGCGCCUUCCCCGCGUCACCAAGAUCCUGCAAGAGGCCCAGACAAUGCAGAAUUCCAAGCGGGACAUGACUGUUUUCCAGGAAUACUUGAUGUAUAUUUUCUUGUGGAUUCUAGGAUGUUUCCCGGGCUUCAUGUCCAAGUCGCUCGCUGGCGUGGUCAGAUACAAUGUGGCCGAGGAGGCCAAGAAGGUACUCGGAAAGGCAGACUCGUAG